UUGAUCGAUGUUCUUCUGGAGGAUGGUGGGCUGAUUGUAGACAAAACGACGUCUCGGAGAUUGAAACUACAGAUCGUGUCUCCGCUGCUUCUUCUUUCAAUCUGAUUUCAGACAACCUUUUUCCUCGGACAGAAGAUUUCAUUUUUUUCUUUCAGUCUUUUCUUCCUCUAGUGUCUGCACCAGAGGUUAAUCGCCGCACUGCAAAAGGAGCAGACGUGGAUACUUGUCUCUGCAACAAGUAUUAGUACAUAAAUCAAUAUGGCUGAUACCAGUUCAAGGACUGAUGCCUCAACUGACGGCUACACAGAUCCUAGAGAUCUGGGGGCUUGAACCGGGGUUCCCUUGGGACAUUCUACCGGUAGAGCCAACUCCACAGGACUAACUCCUGAUGUCAAUUACAUGCAGUCCGAGAGAGGGCAAAUGAUGCUUGCCGGUGCUUCUGAUUCCAGUGAUCGAUCAAAAGAUAAGUUGGAUCAAAAGACCCUUCGUAGGCUUGCUCAAAAUCGUGAGGCAGCAAGGAAAAGUAGACUGAGGAAGAAGGCGUAUGUUCAGCAGCUGGAGAACAGCCGAUUGAAGCUGACUCAACUUGAGCAAGAGCUGCAAAGAGCAAGGCAGCAGGGAGUUUUCAUCUCAAGCUCUGGAGACCAAGCCCAUUCUACAGGUGGAAAUGGGGCUUUGGCAUUUGAUGCCGAAUAUUCACGAUGGCUUGAAGAAAAGAACAGGCAAAUGAACGAGCUGAGAUCUGCUCUGAAUGCUCACGCUGGUGAUACCGAGCUCCGGACAAUUGUGGAUGGAGUGAUGGCUCACUAUGAGGAGCUUUUCAGGAUUAAAAGCAAUGCAGCUAAGAACGAUGUCUUCCAUAUACUAUCUGGAAUGUGGAAAACGCCAGCUGAGAGAUGUUUCUUGUGGCUUGGCGGGUUCCGUUCAUCAGAACUUCUCAAGCUUCUUGCGAAUCAGCUGGAGCCAAUGACAGAGCGACAGGUGGUGGGCAUCAACAGCUUGCAGCAGACGUCCCAGCAGGCUGAAGAUGCGUUAUCUCAAGGGAUGGAGAGUUUACAGCAAUCGUUAGCUGAGACUUUGUCUAGUGGAACUCUUGGUUCAAGUUCGUCUGAUAAUGUUGCGAGCUACAUGGGUCAGAUGGCCAUGGCGAUGGGGCAGUUAGGUACACUUGAAGGAUUUAUCCGCCAGGCUGAUAACUUGAGGCUGCAAACACUGCAACAGAUGAUUAGAGUGUUAACAACGCGUCAGUCAGCUCGUGCUCUUCUUGCUAUACAUGAUUAUUCAUCUCGACUACGGGCCCUUAGUUCCUUGUGGCUUGCCAGGCCAAGAGAGUGAUCACACGAGAAUAGUGCGUUGCUCAGCUCUAUACAUAAUUGUACGGUAGGGACACUCCUUCCAAAAGAGAGAGAGAGAGAGAGAUCACAAAGCAAGGCCUUCUCAGAUUCUUACCAAAAGCAAUAUUUUUGGGAAAGAAGAUACAGAUUUAGAAAUGGUUUCCUUAGAUUGUUGUGUGUGUUGUAAUCUUUAGCCAAUCAGGUUGUGUAGUUUAUAGAGAGUGAAUGUUUAGAUCAUCAGUGCAAGAUCUUAGCAACCAACAUGACAGAAGAUGGGAUAAUUUCAGGAAUUUGGAUUGUAUGAUAAUCAUAAGUCAAAUAGACA